GCCGCCGCGGGCCGCCGCUGCCGUGCCAUUGUCGUUGUUAUUAUGUAAAAUCCGUACGGAAGCAAUACGUGGGACAACAAACAAAGGCAUCGCAUAAGCAUCGCAUCUCCUGGACGUCCAACACAGCAGCAGCUGCGUGAAAGUUGAACGGCCACCAGAGGCAGAGCAGGCCAUCAACAGGUCACACCACCCUGAGAACGGGUGUUAAUAAAUAAAUAGCCUUGAAAGAAAGACGAAAUUUCCCAUUGCCAUUGCCAUCCAUCUGAGAGUUGUGUGAGUAUUUGGACCUUCGGAGACUCGCAUUUUGUUUGACUUUUGAGCUCCUUCAGUUACUCUUCCGCCGAUUGAAGCCAUGACUUCGGCCGCAGCCACAGACACAGCCCAAGCUCAAGCACAGCAACCCAGUGCGAGUGCGAGUGCCAGUGUCAGUGCCAGCGAUGAAUCCUCCACAGCUGCCGCUUCGGGCUCCUCCAGUGGACGGCAUCAGUUGCGACCCGUGAAGUAUGACUAUGCCGAUUCCUUUGCCUGCACCUACAUUGUCUCUGUGGUGGCUGCCUCUGUGGCCGAGCUGGCCACAUAUCCCCUGGACCUAACCAAGACGCGGCUGCAGAUACAAGGCGAGGCGGCAGCAGCCACCAUUACCACCACCGGCAGCAUCAGCAGCACUCCUGCUCCUUUAGGAGCCAAGGGCAAUAUGCAAUACCGCGGCAUGGUGGCCACCGCCUUUGGCAUUGCACGCGAGGAGGGCGCCCUCAAAUUGUGGCAGGGCGUGACACCGGCGCUCUACAGACACGUCGUCUAUAGCGGUGUGCGCAUCUGCAGCUACGAUCUGAUGCGCAAGGAGUUCACACAGAACGGCACCCAGGCCUUGCCCAUAUGGAAAUCGGCUUUAUGUGGCGUCACAGCUGGUGCCGUGGCCCAAUGGCUCGCCUCGCCCGCCGAUCUAGUCAAGGUUCAGAUCCAAAUGGAGGGACGUCGCCGUCUGAUGGGUGAACCGCCGCGCGUUCAUAGCGCUGGUCAUGCGUUCCGCAAAAUUGUCCAACGUGGCGGCAUCAAGGGCCUGUGGAAGGGCAGCAUACCGAAUGUACAGCGUGCCGCACUGGUUAAUCUGGGUGAUUUGACCACAUACGAUACGAUCAAGCAUCUGAUUAUGGAUCGACUGCAGAUGCCCGACUGUCACACCGUCCAUGUGCUGGCGUCGGUGUGUGCGGGCUUUGUGGCGGCCAUUAUGGGCACACCAGCGGAUGUGGUAAAGACGCGCAUCAUGAAUCAGCCCACUGACAACAAGGGAAAUGGUCUGCUGUAUCGGGGAUCUUUGGAUUGUCUGCGACAAACGGUGGCCAAAGAGGGAUUUCCAGCGUUGUAUAAGGGAUUUCUGCCCUGCUGGAUAAGAAUGGCACCCUGGUCGCUUACCUUUUGGCUAUCCUUUGAGCAGAUACGCAAAAUGAUCGGAGCUUCUAGCUACUAAGGAAGGAAACACACACAAUAUAGUACAUACAAUACAAUACAUGAUACAUAUA